AAUCACAUUCCCGCUUCAUUCAAUUGAGUGGAACAUUCCAAAACAACAGACUCAAUUUAUAAUUUUCUCCCUCUCAAGUUCCAAUGGCUGUCCAGGCUGCUUCCUUGGUUUCUGGUUACUUCUCUGUUGCCAAAGAGGGGAAGCCUGGCAUGUCUCUGAGGAACACCACAAUGUUUGGUCUUUCAUUAGAAGAUGCUCUCAAAGCGGACUUCAGCUCUCUCUCAUUUUCAUGCAAAAGGGAAUUCCAGAAAAAGGUUUGCCCUUUAAGGGUCCAAUCAGUGGCAACAACUCCAGGAGUCACAAAGGCUUCACCAGAAGGCAAGAAAACUUUGAGGAAAGGCAGUGUUAUUAUCACUGGGGCUUCCUCUGGAUUGGGCUUGGCCACUGCUAAGGCAUUGGCGGAGACAGGAAAGUGGCAUGUGAUCAUGGCAUGCAGGGAUUUCCUCAAAGCUGAAAGGGCUGCAAAAUCUUCUGGCAUUUCUAAGGAAAACUACACUGUUAUGCAUUUGGACCUUGCCUCCCUUGAUAGUGUUAGGCAAUUUGUGGACAACUUCAGGCAAUCAGGAAGGCCACUGGAUGUGCUUGUUUGCAAUGCUGCAGUUUACUUGCCAACUGCAAGUGAACCUACACACACUGCUGAUGGCUUUGAACUAAGUGUUGGAACUAACCAUUUGGGGCAUUUCCUGCUUUCACGCCUGUUGCUUGAGGACUUGAACAAAUCUGAUUACCCUUCUAAGAGGUUGAUCAUUGUUGGCUCAAUCACAGGAAACACCAACACCUUGGCUGGAAAUGUGCCACCUAAGGCUAAUCUUGGUGACUUGAGGGGACUAGCUGGAGGCUUGAAUGGACUAAACACUUCAGCCAUGAUAGAUGGAGGAUCCUUUGAUGGAGCCAAGGCGUACAAGGACAGCAAAGUCUGCAAUAUGCUUACCAUGCAAGAAUUUCACAGAAGAUACCAUGAAGAAACUGGAAUCACAUUUGCUUCCCUCUACCCGGGUUGCAUUGCCACAACAGGCUUGUUCAGAGAACACAUUCCCUUAUUCAGACUUCUCUUCCCUCCAUUCCAAAAGUUCAUAACCAAGGGCUUUGUCUCCGAAGAUGAAUCGGGAAAGCGGCUUGCACAGGUUGUGAGUGAUCCAAGCCUAACAAAAUCAGGUGUCUACUGGAGCUGGAACAAGGCCUCUGCUUCAUUUGAAAAUCAAUUGUCACAAGAAGCCAGUGAUGCAGAUAAGGCUCGCAAGGUUUGGGAGAUCAGUGAGAAACUUGUAGGUUUGGCUUAAAUGGCAUCUUGGCAGCUUCCAAUAUCCUCUUGAUUGAGGGGAAUUUGUCACGGGGUUCAAUAACAUCUCACAAAAGUUUCGACCCUUUUCUGAUCUGUUUCUCUGAUGCAUUUUUUAGCAGCUAACUCCUCUUGUCUUGUCUUGAUGACUACUCUCGAUGAAUCCUUAAAAUGUUUCAAAGUGCACAUGAAGUUAGGAAAUUUGAUUCCACAGCUCUCUCAGAA